AUGAACCGUAUCUCCGUAAAAUCACCUAUUCCCAAUAUUUCAUCGUCUGCCGGUCCUUUUUCCCAAUUUCUUGGUCCGGCUGCAUUCUACGACGCCGCAAUUCACGCCGCUGCAGCUGUCCAUCACCACCAGCAGCAGCAUAAGCACCAACAGCAGCAACAACAAUAUCUUCAGCGUCAGAGCAAAUGCCCUCAUGAAUACGAAAACCUCGAGUCUAUUGGUGGCUCGGUUAAACCAUUCCUUCCUCUUCCAUCCAGAAUAUCUGCUCCUAGGACUGGCCUUUCAGCAUCUCUAGCCUCAAAUCCGUCAUCCUUUUUCCAUUCUGAGCUUGUUAAGGCAGCCAGUACCUUUCAUGCGGCUGCUGCUAGCACUGGUACUAGCCCUGGCGAUUCACCUUAUCAGAAUGGCUUACCUGAUGGCCUUAGGUCGGUCUCUCAAUCGGCUUCAGGAAGCGUUUGCGGGGCCUCUAAUCUCCAAACGUCUGGAAAUGAUGGUAUGAAUUCCGCAGUUGGCCAGACUGAGGAGGAAUCAAGGAAAGAUGCAGCUUCGAAACAAUCAGACGGUGGGUAUUUCGACCAAUCUACCGUUAUAAGUAAAGAAGCUGUUGUCUCCAAUAACUUGACUUCCCGAACUGACGUUCUCUCCCGUUCAUCCGGCUCCAAUGAUUAUAGUGACAAGGGCUGCACCAUCUCAACUAUGGAGAGUACUGGUUCAGCAGUGGUAUCUGGGGGCCAUAACAGCCCGUCGCCUUGCGAGCUGAUCUCCAACACGCCUAUUUCAACCUGUAAGCUUAACAGCGUUCCUAUUUCGUCAUCUUCGGGACUCUGGUCGGCUAUUCCGCUAGCUGGAAACCCGGCUAGCUCAGUAAAUUUUGCUUCCAGGUGA